AUGACGCUGAAAACCAAGAACCUUGGAGCUGAUGAAUUUGACCUACAGCAACUAAAAGAGCUCUGUAUUGACGUUGAUCCCAUCACACUAGACGAGACAUCACCGCAUAAACCGUUUUACUUCGCUCUCUACCCAGGCAACCUGAUUCCAGAACCCACUGACGAUGCCCUCGAGGGCCCUUACAAUGGUCUAAAUGAUGAAACGGAGUAUUCUUUCACCCGUCCAGUUGAUCGCACAUAUGUCAUGAACAUAUACCUUUCGUUCUACAUUUUUUACUAUGAUAGGAAUGCCAAAGGGGAGAGGGUUUUGACUGUCUCCCUCAUGAGAAUAGAAGCGCGAGUGAUCGAAGCCUUUUUCCAGGGUCAAAGUCUCGUCUUGCGUCCGACCAAGAUGUAUGAUUUCAGUCAUGGAAACCCCAAUGCUUUCAAAAUAUUUGCCCAGUGGUAUUUGGGCAAGCCAAUUGGGAAUACCGCUCAGGCUUCCUGA